AUGAUGAAGCAACCAGAUGAAAAUAUGAUAUGCAAUGAUCACCAGAAUCAUUUAAUUCAAACUCGUCAAGAGUCGGAUAAUGAUGACGCAGCAACAAAUACAAGUUCAACAUCAUCAGUGCAUGAUGUUUCAUUUAAUGAUUGCCCUGAUCAAUCAUCAUCGUCAUCAUCAAAUUUGAAUACAAGUGAAAUAACAACAAUAAAUCCAAAUAGUUCAAAUGAACUUGUUGUUUUACCCGAAAUUUCAUUUAAUAUACGAGUACAAUCACCUGGUUUAGAUAGUUUUGAUUUAUCAGUAAUAUCAAGUGAACUUGUACAAGAAAUUCAUCAAGUUUUAAUGGAUAAAGAAGAAACAUGUCAUCGUACUUGUUUCUCAUUACAACUCGAUGGAGUUAUUUUGGAUAAUUUUUCUGAAUUGAAGAAUAUCGAUGGAUUAAAAGAAGGAAGUGUAUUAAAAGUUGUCGAAGAACAAUAUACUGCGCGUGAAGUUCGUAUUCACGUCAGACAUAUAAAUGAAUUGAUUCAUGCAUGUGAUUUGAAUGAUCUAUAUAAUGGUACCAAUAAUUAUUCAUUAUGUCUUGUAAAUGAUAUUAAUAAUAGCGAAACAUCUGUAUCACCCAAUAACGAUCGAAGAAAAGAUGCUGAAACUAAUAGCAAUGAUUCUAUUGUGCCUGAAUAUCUUAUACCAAAUCAAAAAGAGAUUCUACUUACACCACUCUUCACUACAAAUAAUCAGAUUCGAUUAAAUUGUCUGAAAACGUUAUCGUAUAGUGGAUGGAAUCCACCAAAUGGUGAUCUUGCGUAUUUGAAAGUAACGACAUACGAAGAUAAAUCAUUGCAUAUAACAGCAUGCACUAAAGGCUUUUAUGUUAGCCAAACUACAGACGAAAAAUUUGUUCUCAAACCAGUGCAACCUAAAGCUAUUCAUCAUUCACUUGUUGAUCUAUUAAAUAAUAUUAGUCCAAUUUUUAAAAAGAAAUUUCGUGCUAUUCAACGUAAACGCUGUACAAAACAUCCAUUUGAACGUAUACAAAUUCCAUUUCAAAUCCAUCCAUGGCUAUCACCACGUUUUGAGCAUACAAUAGACCAUUUUCGAGCUGAAGACGCAAAUAUCAAUAAGCUCGGCCAUGAAGAUCAUAUACCUGGUCAAGUACGUGAUUGGAACGAAGAGCUACAGAUAACAAAAGAAUUACCGAAGAAAAAUCUACCGGAACGGCUUAUACGUGAACGUGCAAUGUUCAAAGUUCAUACGGAUUUUAUUUCAGCUUCUGUGCGUGGUUGUCAAGCUGUCAUUGAUGGAAAUAUAAUGGCUAUUAAUCCUGGUGAAGAAUCAAAAGUUCAUAUGUACAUAUGGAAUAAUAUGUUCUUCAGUCUUGGAUUUGAUGUAAAAGAUCAUUAUAAAGAUUUUGGUGGUGAUGCUGCUGCUCAUUCAGCUCCAGCAAAUGAUUUACAAGGUGUCCGUGCCAUAAAUACACUCGAUUUAGAUGGUUUACACACAUUAGGCACUGUUGUUGUCGACUAUCGUGGCAUGCGUGUUACUGCCCAAUCGAUUGUUCCCGUUUUUUUAUUAAUAUACAAGUAUAAUAGUAUAAGAAAAGCAUUUCUUACUGAUGAACAUCGUAUUUAUACUUCGCUACUUGUUGAAUUACCACAACUUGAACGUUUAAUACGUGUAAAACAAGCAAAUUUCUCGGCAAUACAAAAUCGUUUAACGAAAAUUGAAAACAUUUAUUCAAAUAUACAUGGCAUUUACAGCGUUUAA